AUGGCUGGACAUCUCAGGUUCCUACAGGCUAACGGCAACCACUGCGCCGGGGCUCAGGAUCUCUUCCUGCAGUCCAUGGUGGAGUGGGCCGUUGACGUGGCGGUGAUGUCGGAGCCGUACUAUGUCCCUGCCCAACCUCACUGGGUGGGAGACGCGGACGGCUCCGUCGCUAUCGUCACGAGGCCGGGCGCCGUGCCCCCCCUCGCAGUCAAAGCGAGGGGCCAUGGGUAUGUGGCGGCGGUUCGGGGGGAGAUUGCACUAGUCGGGUCCACGGCGUGGGGGAACCCUCACACAACACCCAAAGGGAGGGAACUGGAGGAAUGGGCGCUAACUGCCGGACUGUCCCUUCUCAACACGGGGACAGUCCAGACGUGCGUGCGACGGUCGGGAGGUUCAGUGGUGGAUGUCUCUUUCGCCACUCCGACCAUCGCACGCAGAGUGGAGGGAUGGAGGGUUGAGGCAGGAGUGGAGACGCUCUCGGACCACUGCUACAUACGGUUCGAAGUGUCUUUCACUCCUGCAGGUCGCCGGAGUCCAACGUCGAGUUCCUCGUCGCCCCGGGAGAGAAGUCGGUUCCCGCGUUGGGCACUGUCAAAGCUCAACCGGGAACUGGCUGAAGAAGCGGCCGUUGUCGGCCGCUGGAGUCUCCCGGAGAGUGCGGAGUUGGGGGUGGAUGAAGGGGCUAGUCGCUUCGGAGACGUUCUCCAAAACGUCUGCAGAGCGGCGAUGCCCCCCGUAGGACGUCCACCCCCGCGGGGAGCGGUGUACUGGUGGUCGGAGAAUAUCUCCAACCUCCGGGUCGCCUGCAACGGGGCCAGGAGGGCAUAUACCCGGACCUGGCUGGAGCUGGUGGAGGGUCUCGAUCGAGACCCUUGGGGCCGACCAUACAAGCGGGCGCGGAACAAGCUCUGCGCCCAGUCGGCCCCCAUAACGGAAGUGCUCCAGCCAGCUGUUCUGAGGGGGAUCGUGGGGGAACUCUUCCCCGACGCUCCUGCGGGAUUCACUCCCCCCAGAAUGGCCCGGCUGACCACCUGGAGGAAGGCUCGGGCCCGGGACUGUCAGAGUCCCAAUUUGGGUUCCGAGCCCGUCGGUCGACCGUCGAUGCCCUCAAACGCCUAA